AUGUCUGCGUCCGAAGAAACAGAGGAAAAAAUUGCUCCUGACGGUGAGAACGAGAACAAAAACGGCAACCUUGAAGACACUAAAAAAGAAAAUGACUUUGACGACGCCGAAAAUUUUGGGGAAACAUAUUCUAAUGAAGCAGAAAACAAGGUUGAGUUGAGCGACAAAAAUCCAGUCAAUGAUGAUUUCAAUGAAGUAAACUUAUCAUCUACGAUCAAAACUGAAACAAUAGAACCACCUGAUACUAAGAACAGCCCGGAAAAGGAGUCUUCUGAAAAUAACAAUAUUGAUACUGCGAUAGAGGUUCCAGAAAUCAAUUCAAAGGCUAAAGAAGAAAAAGGAAACUCUGAAAUAGAAGCAACGGCAAGAAAUUUCAAAAACAGCUUUUUUGAAGUUGUUGAAGAAUUGAAGCUGCGUAAAACCCUUGAUUCAGAAAAUGAAGCACGAAUCACAAGUUUGAUGACGGAGAAAAAUGAAAUGCAUCGCCAAUGGGACGAAGAAGUGUCCAGGAAUGGCUCUUUGAGAGAUAUGUAUGAGAAACGCGAGGUAGACGUGGCAAAACAGUUUGAAGAAAAGCUUCGGCAGUUUGAAACGAAUAAGGCCAAGYAUGAGGUUUCACAGCAAUGCAGUGACAAAGAAAUUGUCCAGUUGAAAGAAGAAAUAAGAGUUCUUCGGCUAGCGAAGCACAAUAUCGAAAAAAGAGCCAGUGAUCUGGAAAGAGAACUUCACCUMCACACAAUCGCUCGCGAAAAUCAUGUGAAACAGCUGGCAGAGAUAGAGAAGAAACAGCGCGAGGCAUUUAAACAAGCCGAUGAUAUUCUUGGACUUUUAGAUGAGGUCGAGAGAAAUGUGGGAGCUGCAAAUCGUCUUCACCGAAAACUUACAUACAGCAAUGAGCACCAAAACUGCCAGCUCAAUGCUUGCAAGCAGAGCUUGGAGGAAAAACAGAAAGAGCUGGCACAUUUUAAAGUUAUCAUGGAAAAUCAUAAAGCAUUGUUGUCUACUUAUGAAAGCAGCAACCGAACAAAUGAUAACAGUGAAAAGGAAUUGAAAAUGCAAACAGAACUCUGUCGUCAACUUCAAAGUCUCCUUGAUGAAGCAAAAGAAGAAAAUAAAAACCUGUUGGAAUCGUUAAAGGAAGCACAGACACUGGUUGAUAGACAUGUCGACGCCGUAAAGAAGCAUUCAGAACUAGAGGCCAUGGCCCAUUUUGAAUUAGAUGAAGUCAAGUCAGAGUGCGAGGAAUUUAAAAACCAGUUACAAGAAGCCAUAAAAUCAWACAAGAAGCUACUGGAAGAAAUGGAAGAAAAACGAGAAGCAUGGAAUUCUGAGAAAGAAGAAAAGGACAGACAUUUGAAUGAAGUUAAAGAACAAUUAGAUGCACUAGCUCUUGCACAAAACUCUUUAGAAGAAACUAAUGGUAAACUGUCCGAACAGAAAGAACAACUAAUCAGUGAGAUAGACGACAUGCGCGCUAACAUCCAGAAAAGUAGCGAAGACUUUAACGAAACGAAGAAUCAKUUGUUAAAACAAAUUGAAGACAAAGAUUUUGAGAUAAGAGAUCUAGCCUCUAAACUAACAAAAGAACAGAGCGAAGGUGCCGCUCAAUCAAGUGCUUGUCAACAGUGGAAAGAAAAAUAUAUUGAGAUGGAGGAGAACUUGAAAGAAUCUUCAGGAGCAUUGUCAGAAGUGCAAAAAGACAACUUUGAUUUGAAAGAAACAAAUAUGCUUCUUGAGAAGCGAAUUUGUACAUUCGAGGAUGAGGUAGUAAACCUCAGAUUGCAAUUGGAUGAUGCCAAAAGUCAGACUGAGUCUCAAUCAAAAAGCGCAUUACAGUGGAAAGACAAGGUACUAGAGUUGGAAGGCAAACUAAAGGAGCAGAUGGUAGCCUUAGAAGAAAAAAAGAAAGUUGUUAUCGAGUCUUUUACUCAAACUGAGGAUGGGUUGGUCAAAGAGACUUUACAAAAGAUAAYUCCUAUCRAAAACGACGAACCAAUGCAGGUUUUACAAACCGUUAAUGAAACGAAUGAACCAUUGAGUUCCACUCCAUCAAACAACCURCAAAGUGAUCAAAUGCAAGUAAUAGAUAUACACAGCGAAAAGGAAGAUUCCUCCUCAAAUACAAAUCUCAAUGAAACAAUGGAGAAUGACACUGGAGGUACCACAUCUGACAACUCAGCGAACCACUGCAUCAAACAGUCACAUUUACCUAUCUCCGGAACAGAUGAAGAUAAAACGAAUGAACAAGAGUCAACAAUUGAUAGCGGCAUUACGUAUACCAUGAAUGCACAAUCCUGUGAAGCCCACUUAGUCAGCGAAAMGCAAGAUGCUGUUACAGAAGAGACCACGGUACUUAAGAGUUGCCUUAGUAAAAGACCUAGAGCUGAAGGUCCUCCUAAAAAGAGAGUUCGCUUCAACAUAUCCGAUAAACAAUCAUCCAUAGCUCUGCCUGAGAAAACUGAAGAAACUGCGCCUGUUGUUGUGCAGCUGGAAAUGAUCAGUGAAGAAGACGGCGAGACUGAUGAUUCCUUGACUCUAAAUGACUGSCAAGAGCUUUUUUCAGACGAAGAUGAUGAAAUCACCGUUGUGAAAUUCAAUGAAAUUGGAAAACAAAUCAGCCAAGUGCAGCACUUCCUUGACAGCGMACGACUGAAAACGAUCAAGAGACGUAAAAUCCAUUCGUAAAAAUAUUGAAAUGYAUGAAUAUUUGUAUUCAAUUUCAAUUAGACUUGUCAAUAUAAAMGUUUUCCUACGUUGUGCAUGUUAUUCUGAUAAACGAAUCAAUUAAAAAUGACACUCACCCUAUUAGGACAUUGUUCAAGUGCGCAAAACACAAGGUCUACGUUGGCUGGGAUGGAGAUCAUGAAUCAGAAGCACAUACAAAAAAAAUGGGAGUGAUCACUCAAUGUUUGGGGAGAUCAUGGAUCAAAUUCAAAAUAACAUUUAUUAGGAUCAGAGAAGAAAAUUCUUGCCUCAAAAAMCUGAUCACGAUUCCUUUUCUUGACAACAGAAAUGCAAAAACAAAAAGUCACUUCCAUGUGGCUUUGAUGGAAAAAAAGAAAAAAAUCCUACUGGAUAUUAAUGUUGCCAAGAAAACCAGACUUUAUGUAAAGCCAUGACAAACCCGUGUUUUGCAUUUUUGCUAAAUAUGAGGAAGGCUUGAACUGUUUAAAUAAA